CUUAGGUUAAGGUCAGGGAGACUUGUUACGUAGCUAAGACCCAACCGGUCUCUCCUCUGCCCCUCCCCGGUUCCUCCGCGGCUCCGCCUACCGCUCGCCAGUCCCUUGCAUCUGCUGUGCCGGCGCCGCGCUCCACUCCGACCCCGCCGCCUCGCUCCCUCUCUGAGCUCGCCGCCGCGCUCCCCGCCGACCCCGCAGCGUCCCCUCCGACCCCGCCGCCGCGCUUCCUCUCCGACCCCGCCGCCGCGCUAGCCGCCGACUGACCGCGGCCACCGCUGCCUGCGCGGCUCGUCGGCAGCAACGUCAAGGAGGUCAUCUUCAACAACCUCCUGUUCGAGCUCCGCCCCCUGUGUUCCUCCAACUGAGCGGCCAUGCGCCACCCAAGGUCCGGGCCGGGGAAGAAACGGGGCCGCGGGCCGCGGAUCCCCGCAACGACGCUUAGGAAGCAGCAGGCGGCGUUGGCGAACGUCGACCAGAUCACUGGCGCCAAGAUCCCCAAGAGUUUUGUCUUCUCCCGGGGCAAGCUCCCAUCCACGCUCCGCCACCUCCAGCAGGACCUCCGCAAGGUCAUGCUCCCCUACACCGCUCUCAAUCUAAAGGAGAAGAAGCGGAAUAACCUCAAGGACUUCGUCAAUGUUGCCGGUCCGUUGGGUGUGACUCAUUUCUUGAUCCUCUCGAACCCGAAGAGCCUGCCUCACCUGCGCUUUGCCAAAUCGCCACAGGGCCCAACCUUCACUUUUCAGAUUGAGGAGUACGCGCUUGCGGCAGACAUUGCAAACUCCCAGAAGCGGCCGAGGUGCCCACCGGGGAUAUUCAAGAACUCGCCUCUGGUUGUGCUCAGCGGGUUUUCAGGCCUUGGCAACCCUUUUGGGAGUUUGGUCGAGUACUUUCAGCAUAUGGUCCCUGCCGUUGACCCAAGCACUGUCCAGCUGUCAGCAUGUCAAAGGAUACUAUUGUUAAAAUAUGAUAAAGAGAAGGAGGUUAUCGAUUUCCGGCAUUACUCCAUCAAGCUUCAGCCUGUUGGGGUCAGUCGCAGGAUUAGAAAACUCAUGCAGAGCAAUGAAGUUCCUGAUCUGAGAGAUCUUAAGGAUGUUAGCGAUUAUGUUACAAAAGCUGGAUAUGGAUCAGAAAGUGAAGCAGAUGAUGAAGCAGCAACGGUAAGCCUACCGAGUGAUGUUGACAAAUUAAACCAGGCAUCAAGGAAAAGCGCUGUCCGACUCCAGGAGAUCGGACCAAGGAUGACUAUGCGACUAGUUAAAGUUGAGGCUGGGCUAUGUUCAGGAGAUGUCUUAUACCCUUGGCCUGUGGCGAAGGAAGCACUGGGGAAGAAAGGGGAAGUAACUGAGGAAGCGGGAGAAGGACAGGAAGAAACCGAGGAUGGGUCAGAGGACGAGAUGGAGGAUUAGCAGUUUAGAUGAUCCCAACAAAGUGCUGUCCUUUUAACAAUGUGAACCCACUGCUCUCUUUUAUGACAAUCAACACUAAGCAGAGUUUGGUUCUUUCUUACCUCCUGUCUUGUGGUUUGCGAAGGAUUUGUCACCUGUACUGUUUUCUGGUAGGCUCUAUAUUCUGUGUUGUUUGAUUGGGUUGCUCUAGUUUCA